AUGGCGCAAACGGACGGCGGAACUACGGAGGGUAGUUUGGUUGGCACGUGGCCUUUUCGCUUCGUGGCCCAGAUUCGUUAUCGAUGCUCGACCCCGACGAGGCAGACAAACGGCGAUGGCAACCGUACCAUCAGUACCCUGACCCUGGUGCCGACCAUGGAGGACGGGGGCAAGAUGCUAACCUGCAGGGCUGGAACGCCUCUCCUCUCCGACCCAGAUCUGGAAGACUCGUGGAAGCUCGACGUGUACCAUGUGCCGAUUGUAACUCUGGAAUUGGGAACCAACCUAAAUGCUAGCAACAUCAGGGAAGGCGUCGACGUCUACUUCGAAUGCAAUAUCAAGUCCAAUCCUUGGGUCUACAAAGUCAGCUGGCGACACAACGGAACUUACUUUCCACAGGGAAAGUCGCUGAACAGCAACACCAGUGCUGGAGCCAUCGUUAGCAACCAGAGUCUGGUGCUCCAAUCAGUAACACGUAGUCGCACUGGGAUUUAUACCUGCGUGGGAUCCAACCACGAGGGAGAUGGAGAAAGCAAUCCAGUGUUCUUGGACGUCAAAUACCCCCUUCUCUCUGCUCAGCUCGCCACGGCUGCCGCCGCCGUCCCCGCCACCACUGCCACUGCCGCCGCCGCCGCCAACGCCACUGCCACUGCCACCGCCACCGCCACCGCCACCGCCACCGCCUCCACCGCCGCCGCCGCCGCGUCACGCCAACGCAACAAGCUUUGUUUUUGA